AUGGAUUCUUCUUUCCUUACCAUUGUUGCUGUUGCAAGAGGCUUCUUCACGCUUUUGGUAACUACAUAUUUCUUGUUUCAUAGGAAAUUCAAAUCCCAUCAAGAAAACAAAACAAUAGCUUCUUCUUUGUCUCCUCCAUCUUCUUUUCCUCUCAAUCGUAAACACCAUAUCUUCCCGAGCUUUCACGGGGCAGAUGUCCGCAAAUCCUUUCUCAGCCACAUCCUGAAAGAGUUUAGAAGCAAAGGGAUCGACCCCUUCAUUGACAAUGAUAUAGAGAGGAGUAAGUCGAUUGGUCCCGAGCUCAUAGAUGCAAUCAGAGGAUCGAGGAUCGCAAUUGUUUUUCUCUCGAGGAACUACUCUUCUUCGACAUGGUGCAUGAAUGAGUUGGUGGAGAUCAUGAAGUGUAGAGAAGAGUUGGGUCAAAUACUGAUGACCAUUUUCUAUCAAGUAGAUCCAACGGAUGUGAAAAAGCAGACCGGAGAUUUCGGGAAGGUCUUUAGAAAAACUUGUAAGGGUAUGUCAAAGGAGGACAUUGGAAGAUGGAGACAGGCUUUGGUGGAAGUGGCCAAAAUUGCUGGUUACCAUUCACAAAACUGGGAUAAUGAUGCAAGGAUGAUUGAAACCAUUGUCACUGAUGUUUCGAACAAGUUGAAUUAUUCUACACUAUCAACUAAUUUUGAUGGCUUAGUUGGUAUGAGAGCUCAUAUGGAUCAGAUGAGACCAAUCUUACGCUUGGAAUUGAAUGAGGUGAGGAUCAUAGGGAUUUGGGGUCCAUCUGGGAUUGGUAAGACCACCAUUGCUAGGUCUCUUUUUAAUCAAUACUCAAAAAGUUUCCAGCUGAGUGUCUUUAUUGAGAAUAUCAAAGCAAGGUAUACAAGACCCGCUUGUUCCGAUGAGUACAAUGUGAAGUUGUAUUUACAGGAGCAGUUUAUGUCUCAAAUAAUCAAUCAAGUGGGUAUCAAGAUUCCACAUUUAGGAAUUGCCAAAGAUAGGUUGAAAGACAAGAAAGUUCUUGUCGUCCUUGAUGAUGUGGAUCAGUUAGUACAACUAGAAGCCAUGGUGAAAGAAACAUGUUGGUUUGGUCCUUGGAGUCGGAUUAUCAUCACAACACAAGAUAAAAAACUCUUAAGAGCACAUGGGAUCAAGCACAUAUACACGGUGGAUUUACCAUCAAGUGACGAGGCUCUUCAAAUGUUCUGCAAGUACGCUUUUGGUCAAAAUUAUCCUGUAGAUGGUUUUGAGAAGCUUGCUGAGGAGGUUACAAAAAUUUCAGGCAAACUCCCUUUGGGAUUAAGGGUAAUGGGAUUUUAUUUAAGAGGCAUGUCCAAGCAGGAGUGGAAAAAGGCACUACCAAGGUUAAGAACUCGCCUUGACGGAGAAAUUGAGAGCAUUUUAAAAUUCAGUUACGAUGCCUUAUGCGAUGAUUAUAAAGAUUUAUUUCUUCAUAUAGCCUGUUUUUUCAAAGGUGAAUGUGUUGAGACACUGGAAAUGUGUCUCGCAAAUAGUUUCUUGGAUGUGACGCAAGGGAUUCACGUCUUAGUUGAGAGAUCUCUCAUAUCAUUGGAAUGUGGAAGGAUAAAGAUGCAUAAUUUGCUAGUCCACUUGGGAAGAGAAAUUGUGCGAAAAGAAUUUGUUAGUGAGCCUGGGAAACGACAGUUUUUGGUUGAUCCCAGAGAUAUUUGUGAAGUACUAACUGAUGAUACAUCAGGUAGUAGAAGUAUUAUAGGAAUAAAUCUUGGCAAGAUCGAGGAGGACAUAAUAUGUACAAGUGGAAGAGUCUUUGAAAAAAUGUCUAGUCUCCAGUUUUUAAGAGUAUUUGGCUAUGGCAACAGAUUACACUUUCAGCAAAACUUGAACUCCAUAUCUCGAAAACUUGUAAUCCUAGAUUGGAUGGACUUCCCGAUGCCAAGUUUGCCUUCUAAUUUUAAUCCAAAGUUCCUCGUUAAACUACACAUGCAGAGUAGCAAACUUGAGACGUUGUGGGAAGGAAUCCAACCACUUAGCAAUCUUAAGUGGAUGAAUUUGGAUUGUUCCAAAUAUUUGAAAGGGCUUCCUGAUCUCUCAACUGCCACUAGUCUCCGUGAAUUGACUCUCCGUGAAUGUUCAAGACUAGCCAAUCUCCCUUCCUCUAUUGGGAAUGCCACCAAUCUCGAGAAAUUGGAUCUUUUUGGUUGCUCAAGUUUGGUGGAUCUCUCUUCUUCUAUUGAAAAUGCGAUUAAUCUCAAAGAAUUAGAUCUCAGUCAUUGCUCAAGUCUAGUAAAGCUCCCUUCCUCUAUUGGGAAUGCCCUUAAUCUUACAGAAUUGGAUCUCAGUGAAUGCACAAGUCUAUUGGAGCUCCCUUCAUCUAUUGGGAAUGCAAACAGUCUCAAACAUUUGGAUCUCAUUCAUUGCUUAAGUCUAACGGAGCUCCCAUCCUCUAUUGGGAAUGCAACUAAUCUCACAUAUUUGCAUCUCAGUCAUUGUUCAAGUCUGCUGGAGCUCCCUUCUUCUAUUGGAAACCUUCAUGAAUUGUUGACGUUGAACUUGGAGGGAUGCUCAAAGCUAGAGACUCUUCCGACCAACAUCAACAUGAAAUCUCUCAAUGAUCUUGAUCUCACUGAUUGCUUGUUGAUAAAACGUUUUCCUCAGAUUUCCACAAGCAUCAAAUAUCUGCGUCUCCUUGGAACCUCAAUAGAAGAAGUCCCUUCAUCGAUCAGGUUGUGGCCUUCUCUUUAUGAAUUACAUAUGCCUUACAGUGAAAAACUCCAUGCAUUCCCACUUGCUCUUGAGAGCAUCACAAUGCUAUACUUGAGGGAUAUAGAUUUACAAGAACUUGGUCCAUGGAUUGAGAGAAUGUCUCGUCUUCGUGGACUUGACCUCAAAGGAUGCAGAAAGUUGAUAUUACUCCCUAAGCUUCCAAGCUCCUUAUUAGAUCUAGAUGCAGAAGAUUGUGAGUCUCUAGAGAGACUGGAUUGCUCCUCUCACAAUCCAGAGAUUCGCCUCAACUUUGGUAACUGCUUUAAGCUAAAUCAAGAAGCAAGAGAUCUCAUCAUGCAUACAUCAACACAUAAACUUGCGAUCUUACCUGGUGAAGAAGUGCCUGCCUACUUCACUAACAGAGCUUCUGGGAGUUCCUUGACAGUGAAGUUAGGUCAAAAGCCUUUACGUACAUCAACAAAAUUUAAGGCUUGCAUCUUGUUAGUUAACGAGGGGGAAUACGAGGUUGAUGAAUGGCAAAAAUUUCAGAUGUAUAGUAGAAUCACCUCCAAACUGAAUGAUUUCGCUGCUUAUACGUCAAAUGGAUACAGCCUGGAUCCAAUUUUAACGGAGCAUUUGUACACGUUUGAGGUUGAAGUGGAUGAGGCGACUACAACCGAGAUUGUUAUUGAGUUCAAGCUCCGUGACUGGGGAAAGGACACCUUCAAUAUCACCUGGAAGAUUAAAGAAUGUGGGAUAUUCCAACUCUUUGAGGUCCGAUGA